AUGUCUAAACGGUUGGCAGAGCAAGAUAUUGAAAAUAUUUUAUCAGUUCUCGAAAAUGGAGACAUUUCUGAAGAUGAAGAGUCUAUAGGAGACGAAAAUGACAUAGAUUACUACUCGACUGUACAAGAUCUGAUACAGGAUUUAGAAGAUGCAGAAGAAGAUCAGUACAAUGCAAAUCCUGAUGUACCUAUUGAAGAAGACCAUCUACCGGAUGAGUUUUCAGUUCCAGGGCCUUCACUUAGUCGCCCACUAUCAGGUGUCAUUGGUGCAGCAGCCUUGAGGCAACGAAGUAGGCAACUUAUAUGGAAAAAAGGCAAUUUGGAAUUUAGUGAAGACCGCAUAAGUUUUACAGGUAAUACAGACCUUUCCCCAGAAUUUGCCCAACUAGAAACACCAUUUCAGUAUUUUACGCUAUUUUUAAACGAUGAUAUAUUAGUAAAAAUCGUGAAUGAGACCAAUUUGUAUAUCACGCAAAAAGGCAUCUCCAACUGCCCUCCUGUAAAUGUCAAGGAAAUUCGUCAGUUUCUUGGUAUUAUUAUAUUUAUGUCAGUAUAUCACUUCCCAAAUGUAAGAUCAUAUUGGGGUAAGUAUGGCUUCAAACAUAUAAUGGAAACGAUGACGCUAAAUAGAUUUGGAAAACUACGAUCCGUCAUUCACUUCAAUGACAACUCAUUACACAAGCCCGUUGGUCACCCAAACCACGACCGUCUGCAUAAAAUAAGACCUGUAGAGGCACAUUUGAAUAAAUUAUUUUUGAGUGUGGCACCAUUUGAGCAGAGACUGUCCUUAGAUGAACAGAUGUGCUCUACGAAAGUAGCGCAUUUCAUGAAACAAUACCUCCCCAACAAGCCCCAUAAGUGGGGUUUCAAGCUAUACGUUCUGUGCUCAUUGUCUGGUUACGCUCACAAUUUUGAAAUUUAUUCUGGAAAACAGGAUAUUCAAUACUCAAGUGAUGAACCUGAUCUUGGUGUAGUAGGCAACACAGUCAUCAGAUUGUGCCGUUCAGUUCCACGAAGAAUGAACCACAUAAUUUAUUUUGAUAAUUUUUAUUCGUCAAUUCCUUUGUUAUAUUACCUACAUACUCAAGGUAUAUAUGCAUUGGGCACAAUUCAGAGGAACCGACUCGGUAAAACCUGUAAGUUGCCGGUAGUAAAAGAGUUUAUGAAGGACUCUGUUCCAAGGGGAUCAUAUGAGGAACUCGUAGCAGACUAUGAAGGUGUGGAUAUCUCGGUAACUUGUUGGAAGGAUAAUAAGCUUGUUACGUUGGUAUCUACUUAUGUUGGUUCCGAACCGGCUGAAACUGUCAGCAGAUUUGAUAAGAAACAAAAGAAAAAGGUCUCUGUUGCCUGUCCAAAAAUUGUAAAAGAUUACAAUGCCCACAUGGGUGGAGUAGAUUUGAUGGACAGUUAUUUGGGCCGCUACAAAAUUCGAAUCGAAAGUCGAAAAUGGUACAUUCGAUUAUUUUAUCACAUGAUCGACAUGUCGUUGAUGUGUUUGGAUUAUUAUUUAGCUGUAGACUAA